AUGUUGUGGCUCCCGCAGCCGGCGCUGGGGACGCGCGCGGACGAGCCCGGGGCCUGCAGCCGCCACCGCCGCCAGGUGGUGUUUGGACACUAGACCAUGUGCCUAGGUAGAAGUUUUUCCUUUCUCCACAGCUCUACUCCCCCAGCAACGCUCGCCACACCCUUGUUUUGAGAACCUCACUAAGCCCUUUCCAGUAUCCAGCCAUGGGGGAUAUGAAAACCCCAGAUUUCGAUGACCUUCUGGCUGCUUUUGACAUCCCAGACCCCACCAGCCUUGACGCCAAGGAGGCCAUCCAGACGCCCAGUGAGGAGAAUGAGAGUCCCCUCAAACCGCCAGGCAUGUGUAUGGAUGAAAGUGUGUCUUUGUCUCACUCAGGAUCAGCCCCAGAUGUGCCGGCCGUGAGUGUCAUUGUUAAGAAUACCAGCCGCCAGGAGUCAUUUGAAGCGGAGAAAGACCACAUUGCUCCCACCCUCCUACACAAUGGAUUCCGGGGCUCAGACCUGCCUCCAGAUCCCCACAACUGUGGGAAGUUUGAUUCAACUUUCAUGAAUGGAGACAGUGCCAGGAGUUUCCCUGGCAAGCUGGAGCCUCCCAAGUCAGAGCCGUUACCCACCUUCAACCAGUUCAGUCCAAUCUCCAGCCCCGAACCCGAGGAUCCCAUCAAAGAUAACGGGUUUGGGAUAAAGCCCAAGCACUCUGACAGUUAUUUCCCACCCCCUCCUGGGUGUGGGGCUGUGGGAGGCCCAGUCCUGGAGGCUCUGGCUAAGUUUCCAGUCCCAGAGCUGCAUAUGUUUGAUCAUUUUUGUAAGAAAGAACCCAAGCCAGAACCCCUGCCCUUGGGGAGCCAGCAGGAGAACGAGCAAGGUGGGCAGAAGGCAGUGGAGUCUCACAAAGAGCUGGAUGCCAGUCGAUUCUUUGGGGAAGCUUUGGAGUUCAACAGCCACCCUAGCAACAGUGUCGGGGAGCCCAAGGGGCUUGCCCGGGAGCUUGGUACCUGCUCAUCAGUCCCCCCUCGGCAGCGUCUUAAGCCAGCUCAUUCUAAGCUGUCCUCUUGUGUGGCAGCCUUGGUGGCCCUACAGGCCAAAAGAGUGGCCAGUGUCACUAAGGAGGAUCAGGCUGGCCACACAAAGGAUGCCUCAGGGCCCACUAAAGAGGGUUCUAAAGGCAGCCCCAAAAUGCCCAAGUCACCAAAGAGUCCCCGGAGCCCUCUGGAGGCCACUAGAAAAAGUAUCAAGCCAUCGGACAGCCCUCGGAGCAUCUGCAGUGACAGCAGCAGCAAAGGCUCCCCUUCUGUGGCUGCCAGCUCCCCACCAGCGAUUCCCAAAGUCAGAAUCAAAACCAUUAAGACAUCAUCAGGGGAAAUCAAACGGACCGUCACAAGGAUCCUACCAGACCCUGACGAUCCGAGUAAGUCUCCUAUCGGGUCACCUCUGGGGAGCGCCAUUGCUGAGGCCCCAAGUGAGGUGCCAGGGGACGAAGUGCCUGUGGAGGAGCACCUUCCUGAGGCAGGCGCAAAUUCAGGGAGCCCCCAGGGUGACAGGAAAGGAGAUGAGAGCAUGACAAAGGCCAGUGACUCUUCGUCUCCCUGCUGCAGCUCGGGGCCCCGGGUCCCAAAGGGAGCUGCGCCGGGCUCACAGACGGGCAGGAAGCAGCAGAGCACAGCACUGCAGGUGUCUACCCCGGCCCCUGCCAGCCUCCUUCCCAAAGCGGUGCACCUGGCCAACCUGAACCUCGUGCCCCACAGCGUUGCCGCGUCAGUGACAGCCAAGUCCUCAGCGCAGAGACGGAACCAGCCACAGCUCACGCAGAUGUCGGUGCCCCUGGUCCACCAGGUGAAAAAGGCCGCCCCACUGAUUGUGGAGGUCUUCAACAAGGUCCUCCACAGCUCCAACCCCGUGCCCCUCUAUGCGCCAAAUCUCAGCCCGCCUGCGGACAGCAGGAUCCACGUGCCGGCCAGUGGGUACUGCUGCCUGGAGUGUGGGGACGCGUUUGCCUUAGAGAAGAGCCUGAGCCAGCACUACGGCCGGCGGAGCGUCCACAUCGAGGUGCUGUGCACUCUGUGCUCCAAGACGCUGCUCUUCUUCAACAAGUGCAGCCUGCUGCGGCAUGCCCGCGACCACAAGAGCAAGGGGCUCGUCAUGCAGUGCUCCCAGCUGCUGGUGAAGCCCAUCUCUGCGGACCAAAUGUUUGUGUCGGCCCCUGCGAACUCCACGGCACCAGCAACCCCGGCCCCCUCAUCCUCCCCCAAACAUGGCCUCACUUCGGACAGUGCCAGUCCCCCUCCUCCAGCCUUGCCGCUCUACCCUGACCCGGUGAGGCUCAUCCGGUACUCAGUCAAGUGUCUUGAAUGUCACAAACAGAUGCGGGACUACAUGGUCCUGGCUGCACAUUUCCAGAGGACGACAGAGGAAACCGAGGGGCUGACUUGCCAGGUAUGCCAGAUGCUGCUGCCCAACCAGUGCAGUUUCUGUGCCCACCAGCGGAUUCAUGCACACAAGUCCCCCUACUGCUGCCCGGAGUGUGGGGUCCUCUGUCGCUCUGCCUACUUCCAGACCCAUGUAAAGGAGAAUUGCCUGCACUAUGCCCGCAAGGUGGGCUACAGGUGUAUCCACUGUGGUGUCGUCCACCUGACCUUGGCCUUGCUGAAAAGCCACAUCCAGGAGCGACACUGCCAGGUUUUCCACAAAUGUGCAUUCUGUCCCAUGGCCUUCAAGACUGCCAGCAGCGCCGCGGACCACAGUGCCGGCCAGCAUCCGACCCAGCCCCACAGACCCUCCCAGCUCAUUUAUAAGUGCUCCUGUGAAAUGCUCUUCAACAAGAAGAGGCACAUCCAGCAGCAUUUUUACCAGAAUGUCAGCCAGACGCAGGUGGGCGUCUUCAAGUGCCCCGAGUGCCCGCUCUUGUUCGUGCAGAAGCCGGAGCUGAUGGAGCAUGUCAAGAGCACCCAUGGUGUUCCCCGAAACGUGGAUGAGCUGUCAAGCCUCCAGUCUUCAGCAGACACGUCCUCAAGCCGCCCUGGCUCUCGAAUUCCCGCUGAGCCCCCAGCCACUAAUGUGGCUGCCCGGAGCAGCUCCCUGCCAUCUGGCCGCUGGGGCAGGUCCGAAGUGCAUCGCAGGGCCGAAGCCAGGCCCCGGCUGAGGAACACUGGCUGGACCUGCCAGGAGUGCCAGGAGUGGGUUCCUGACCGGGAAAGCUAUGUGUCCCACAUGAAAAAGAGCCACGGUCGGACGUUGAAGCGGUACCCGUGCCGGCAGUGCGAGCAGUCCUUCCACACCCCCAGCAGCCUGCGCAAACACAGCCGCAACAACCAUGACACAGCAAAGAAGGUCUACACUUGUGGGUACUGCGUGGAGGACAGCCCCAGCUUUCCUCGGCCCUCCCUCCUGGAGAGCCACAUCAGCCUUAUGCACGGCAUCAGAAACCCUGAUUUGAGCCAGUCGUCCAAAGUCAGGUCUCCGAGCGGACAUUCCCCUCAGGUGAACCAUCUGAAAAGACCAGUCAGUGGAGUGGGGGACGCCCCGGGCACCAGCAAUGGCGCAACUGUCUCUUCCACCAAAAGGCACAAGUCCCUUUUUCAGUGUGCAAAAUGUAGUUUUGCCACAGACUCGGGGCUCGAGUUUCAGAGCCACAUACCUCAGCACCAUGUGGACAGUUCCACAGCCCAGUGUCUCCUCUGUGGCUUGUGCUACACCUCUGCCAGCUCCCUCAGCCGCCACCUCUUCAUCGUCCACAAGGUGAGAGACCAGGAGGAGGAGGAGGAAGUGGAGGAGGAGGAGGAGGAGGAGACAGCAGCAGAGGUGGCAGUGGAGGCUGCAGAGCCAGAGGCGGGCUCUGGGGAGGAGGUGUCCAUGGAGACGAGAGAGAACGGACUGGAAGAGUGUGCCGGCCAGCCCUUGUUGACCGACCCAGAGGCAAGGAGAUUGCUGGGCCCGGCCCCUGAGGAGGACGGUGCCCAAGAUGCUCAGAGUCAGCUACAGGCCUCUCAGGACCAGGACAGCCACGCACUGUCCCCUCAGGUGUGACCAGAGGCUUUGCAGUGUAUGCGGUCAGGGUGCUGCCAUGGCGUCCUCCGCCUGUCGUGUAGACCGUGGGAGGUAGAAGGCUCUGCCCCGGGUGUGAGUGCGGCCGGCUGUGCCCUGGAGCAGUGUCCGCCCCGAGCUGCUGGUGCUGGGUAUCCCCAGCCCCGGGAAACGUGGGGUCACCAGGACCUGACAGCUCUGAAUUUGCUUCUGUUAUUUAUGGCUUUGUGCUGCUGCUUGGUACUCCACCUCUGGUCUGUGUCCUUAACCCCAGGUUGCCUACCUGGCCCAACCCCAGUGCUGUCAGCUCAGCUUGAAACCCCUCAGCGGCUGUGCUCUUCUGGGAAGUUCCCGCUUACUGCCUUCAGCCAGGGGACUCCUCAGAGCUCUAUUUUCCUGUAGAUACCAGCUCUCCUUCCUGCCUUCAGAGCCUGAGAAGGAGGGAACGAGGGGUGCUGACACAGCCCCUCUGGGAGAGCUCUGCCCAGCCCGGCUUGGUGAGGGCCCUUGGUCACCUUGCCCUUCCUUCUUGGCUUCUCUGAUUCUUUUCCCCCCAAAUAGUCCUGAGAACUAAUUGUCACACUGGCUCAUCGUGUCUCUGUGGGUGGGAGAAACUUCUGCAGCACACUGUUUGGAACCCGGGGAGAGCAGGAGGUGCAGCAAAGGCAGGAGGGCUCUGCGAGCCAGACCCCUCAGAGGAGCUGUGGGUGGGUCUUUGUUCUGCUGGUCUGCCUUUCCUGACAGGUGGGGUUGGGGGCACACAGACGUUGGGAUAUUUGUACUCUUGCUCCUGUGCCAUUAGAGAGGCUGCUGCCCCAUGCAGGCCAGCCCCUCCUCCUCUUGGCUACACUCAUGUUGCUCAGACUAUAUUUCAAAUAAAAAACCUUCUUACCAUGCA